UGGCCUUGCGUCCAGCGGGCGCCGCGGCUCGGGUUGUGCGCUAGGCUUUGGAGCCGCCGUCACCGCCUCACCGGCUCCGCAUCCUGCGCCGCUCUCCAGGCGCAGGGCCGGCAUCUCCAGCUCCGCAUCCAGUCCGCACCAGAGGCCGCCGCGGCUCCCGCAGUUUCAACACCGGUUACUCCCCUGCGCUCUCCGCGACCGUUCCUCUCACUCGGGGUUGUGCGCUAGGGUUUAGCGCUGCCGUCACCAUCUCCCCAUCCGUGUCGCUCUCGAGGGAGCAGGCUCAUUCGUCUCCAUCUCCGCAUCUGGUGUCGACGACAAACACAAGCAGGAUAUGGCUUAGUUGUUUUGAGGAUACCUGCUGGAGCCGGAGUGCCCGUCGUGGGAUGAAUUUGCUGUGUAGGAUAGUUGAGGCUGUUUAGUCAGUUAAUUUGUUCUUAACCUGUUUCAACCAUGCGUGAUCCACCCCAACCUUUUAGCCGCAAAUAUAGAGUUCGUGAACUUGAUAUCAAUGGCCAAUCCAUUCCAUUUGUUCUGAAUGGGAGUGGCGGAUCUUCAGCACUCGUUUCACUCUCCAAUGCUGUACUACAAACUAGUGACUUCCACUUUGCAUUAGUCACGGAGGGUGGAAUCAACGGCCGCCCAAAAUAUGUCCAGACCCAGACACUCCUGCAAUUAAUCGAACUGGCAGUGGUUCAACGAAUCCAAGAGGGUUGGGAAAAGAAGGCGUAUGAUGCAGACACAAUGUUGAGAUCGUGGCAAGGGUUCAGGAUGAUGAUUAGGCAUCUUCCCAAAUGCUUUGAUGUCUAUCCAAUCUUCGAGAGCUGCAGUUCCUUUGCAGAACCUUCAGAAGUUCUUUCAUUGUUUAAAGCAUGUGGCUUUGAUGUUUACCAUGGUUUGGAGUUCGAUCCUGAGGAUCCUGAAACUACUGAAGCAAUUGCAUCAAAGAGUUACAAUGAGAUAGUUGACAUACUUAAGUCUCCCUCACAAAUUGAUGAUAAGACUGCUCACAUACUAAAAAAGUUUCUGGACGACACAAAAGAUGGCCUGACCACUUAUGGGUUCAGAUGCUUGAAGAGGUCCCUCAAUGUUCACAACAGGGGUGUUCUAUUCAGAAACAAUCUUUGCAAUUUGAUAUAUAAGUGUCAUGAGACAUUGAUGGUCUUUCAAGAUACUGAAGAACAAUUCAAGAGAACCCCGGACGCCAUAUGGAAGGUCUUGGAUAUGGGUAAGAGGAACGGGAAGCUGUUGGCAUUUGAUUUUUCGGAAAUUAAGCUACAGACUAUGGGACAUGAUGCUGAUGGAUCAAUUUCUCUUCGAAGACAAGCAGCGCCUAUUGAGGAGGAGCCAAAGCAAAAAAUGAAAAUGUCCAAACCGUCAAGUAAACAAAGACGAAAACUGAAGACCAAGAUGGCCAUUAACAAGUCGGAAGUGCAGCAACCCGCGAAUGUGAUGGCUUGUGAUAAGAAAACAGAAGAAUUGAAAGGGUCAAAAUCCUCAGGGGAAGAAAAGAAUAUGCUUAAUCUACAGGAGGAAGAGCAUAACAAAAUUGAACUUGAUGCGGAAACUGAAGAGGAAAGAGAUGAUAAGAUCUCUCAAACUUUUAUACGUUUUCUAAAAGUGUUUAAAGAAGAAGGUGCAAGUGCACCUUUCUUUGAAGGACAGAUAAUUGCUAUGGAUCACUACAUUUCCUUUAAUUUCAGAAUCGACUAUAAAGACCUGGAGAUAUACGACAGACAAAUCGCAAGAAAUGUAUGCAAUAAAAUGCCAAGGAUCUAUGAUAGAUUAAAAUAUUGUGCUUGUUCGUUUAUGUUGGAACAUGUUCAAUUUAAGACGAAGUCAGAAGAGGUGUUCAAGAGGACAAGAAUUGAAAUCAACAAUCUUCCUCCUCCAAAUAGCGUACAAGCUCUCAGUGAAUUUGCAAUGCAACAUGAUAUGCACGAAAUACGUCAACUGUUUGACUAUGGUGGAACCAAAGUCAAUGCAACAACAUAUAUGGGCAGAAAGGCUGCUCUCGGCUAUCUUAGAUUCAUUUUGAAGAAGCACAAAGCUGGAUACUGUUGGAAUGGCUCUUUUGUUCUUGAGGAUUUUAUUGUCCUUGUUAAAGGUGGGGACCUGGAAUUUGUAAUAACAAAAGAAGCUUCUGAAGGGUUUUCCAAAGAAAACGCAAUCUCAGAUUUCAACAGGUUUUGUGUUAUACUUUUCCGUCUUUUCAUGGACGAUGCAAUUGAUGAGAUGCCAGCAUAUUUUGAUCAGUUCCAGCUGGAUUAUUUUUUGCACAUGCCUAGUCCUGAAGAUUCGGAAGCUUAUGAUAUAUAGGUGGCUGAAGUACAUGGCCAACCACUGUGCUUUCAAGGCGCCUCAGGCCCGCUCAACAUUAAUUACUGAAACAUUUGAGGUCUGUGACUCAGAGCGACUGUCUGUGACUCAGCAACCAGAAGCCAACUAUGUUUUACUAGCAAAAGUGCCCAUCAUAUAAAUAUAUUAUUAUUAAAUUUUUUUGAAACAAUAUAUUUGGGACCACAUGUAUAAGUAUAUUAUUAUUAAUUACUUUUGCUAUUGCAACGAAAGAUUA